AUGGGCCUUCUCAAGAAACGCAGGGGCGAGACGAUCCCAGAGCAGCUGCAGAUGCGGGAGGAGGAGAAGGUUAACCCGAGGCCACUCUCCGUGCUUGCGCAGCCGGUCAAGAACAACACCCAGGUGCCCAUCAGCUGCCACAACAACAGGAAGCUCCUGGACGCUGUGAAGGCCUCCGAUGGGCACUGCAACAUGGUGCUGGAGAACGCGAAGGAGAGGUGGGCCGAGGUUUCCAAGGGUGGCAAGGGCAAGAAGUCCAAGCCAGUCAACAAGGACCGCUGCAUCGCAAAGAUGUUCCUGUGUUGA